AUGAUUUGGGAAAAUCUCUGCAAGGCGAGCAACGAGCUGGAGCACAACGAGCGUUUGACGCCCUCCCAGCGCGAGGCCGUGAGGGCGGCUCUCUGGCAGAGAUGUACCAUCAUCCAGGGCCCCCCAGGGACGGGAAAGACUAGUACGUCCGUCGAGAUAUUGAAGCUAUGGGCCCAGGUGGGCGUCGGGAAGAUCCUAGCAACAGCUGAUGGGAACGUGGCGGUGGACAACAUCGCGCAGGGGCUGGCCCGAGCGGGAGUGAAGGUGGUCAGGAUAGGG